CUAAAUAUACUAAAGCGCCUACGCCCUUAUGAACAGUGAUUCCCGUAUGAACAGUGUUGUGACGGAUUUGCCCCUGCCUGUUUAGAGUUUUUCUCGAUUGCCCCCCAGUGUUGCGCUGUAUCUUUCUGGCCAUCUGUCCUGUUUUUCCGUUGCCACGAAGAGAGAGAGGGUGAGAUCGGUGGCCUAAAACAGAGAUUCAACCCGAGUUUUCUGUUGUGUUCGGGAAGCAUCUAUUUGAGUGUAGUCAUCAACACAGCUAUCAGAUAGACCGAGAAGAUCGAGCUCAGGGAUCAAUCGUAGAUUGCUGGGGUAGGAACAAGAGGAGGAGAUUUGCAGGAUUUUGGUGAUUUUUCGGAGGAGGGUUUGGGUUUGUUUUGGUGAUCGAGUUUGGGAAAAGGUUUUCAACACAAGAACAGUAGAAGGACUGUGGUGUUCUGAUUUCUGGUUUUGGUGGGUUUCGCGACAGUGAGGAUCGCAGGUCAAUACUAUCAGGAUAAUUUCUCAGUUUAUCUGUGUUUUGUUUUCUGCUCAGUGUUAUCUGUGUUUUGUAUUGUCAUUCAGAUUUUGCGAACAGUUUGCAGUUAGAUUCUUCGACUGUUUUGGAUUCAGUCAUGGCAUCAGAUAUUCCGAAAAGAAAAGUAAAAAGAUCUUUGCAAGCUAAUUGUGUAGAAAAUAAUGAUCAUCAAGAAGAACAUCAGAUCAAAUCAAGGAGGUGGAAGCAAGUAUGUCAACCGAUAAUGGUAGAAGGAGGUCAUAGUGCACAAACCAGCAAUAAAAAUCUGAACAUAUUGGAACAUCGUGAUAAACGAAUUAGAAGGAAUCAAUUCAAUCCAACUGUCAUUCUCGACCAAACUUUGUUUGCUCAUGGAAGUUCAACUGCAGAUAGUACAAGUAUAAUCGGGGUGUCACGGCAUUUAGCAAGCAGUAAUGCUACUCAACUUGCAGAAAUUGAAGAAAUGAGAGGAAUGGAUCAUCAGAUUAAAUCAAGAAGGUCAAAAAGGUGGAAACAAGUCUCUCACUCAAUAAUGGUAGAAGAGAAUCAAGUUGGACAAACCAGCAAUGAAAAUGUCACUGUAUUUGAAAACAAUGACAAACGGGAAAUUGCUGAGCCCAGGGGUGAACGCUCACAUUCAUAUGGUCAGGCAUUCUAUCAAAGAACUAAACAAGGAUCAACUGUUCGAUAUAAAGAUUCAGGCGACAAUAUUUGCACGUGUGAUUAUUGUGGUGCGUGUUUUUGGUUUGAAGAAGCUAUCAAACAGACAUCUACAAGUAAAUCACCAAUCUACACAAAUUGUUGUCAAAAAGGACGGAUCAAACUUCCACAACCGAGACCGACUCCUGAUUUACUGAGAACAUUAUUGGAUCCAAAUAAUGGUUCAGAAAGUAGACUUUUCAAAGAUAAUAUCAGAGUUUAUAAUUCGAUGUUUUCUUUCACAUCAAUGGGAGCAACAAUUGAUUACAAAAUAAAUACUGGAUCAGGUCCUUAUGUAUUUAAAAUUAGUGGUCAAGUGCAUCAUUUAAUGGGUUCUAUAUUACCUUCUGAUGGUGAAUGUCCUAAAUAUGCACAGUUAUAUGUAUAUGAUACAAAAAAUGAAGUUUCAAAUCGUAUUAAUGCAAUUGAUUCUACUCAUGCUAAUGAAAAUAUUAAAUCAAAUAUUGUUCAAGGACUUAUUAAAAUGUUUGAUGAAAUUAACGAAUUAGUAAGAGAAUUUCGAACAAUGAGAGAUAAAUUUGAAAAUCAUUCUUUACCUUCAUUAAAUAUGACUCUGCUUAAUCGUCAACCUACUGAUAGUAAACAAUAUGAAAUACCGACAACUGAUGAAAUUGGUGGUUUGAUUGUUGGUGACAUUGGAGAGAAUAAUUCAGAUAAAGAUUUAAUUAUUCAAUCAAACAAUGGAUGUUUACAACGUAUUUCCAGAAUCCAUCCAAAGUAUAUGUCAUUACAAUAUCCAAUACUUUUUCCAUAUGGUGAAGAUGGAUAUAAACCAGAUUUGCUAAUGCAGCCAAUUGCAGGAAAUCAUCAAAAAAAGAGAGAAAGAAUAUCAAUGCGAGCUUAUAUUGCGUAUCAAAUCCAAGACAGAAACUAUGAAGUAAAUACUUUAUUAAAAGGUGGACGACUAUUUCAACAAUUUUUAGUUGAUUCUUAUGCAACUGUUGAGGAAGACCGUUUAAAUUGGAUCAGAAAAAAUCAAAAAAAAAUUCGUAGUGAAAUUUAUAAAGAUAUUUAUGCUGCAAAUUUAGCUGGAAUUAAUAAAGCUCACAAUUUAGGACAAAAAAUUAUUUUGCCAAGUUCUCAUACUGGAAGUCCUAGAGAUAUGAUUAAUAAUUAUCAAGAUGCUAUGGCAAUUUGUCGAAAAUAUGGUAAUCCUGAUUUAUUUAUAACUUUUACGUGCAACGUUAAAUGGCUAGAAAUACGAAGAUAUUUUGCAAAUAAACCUAUGUAUAAAGUUGAAGAUAGACCUGAUAUAAUUUCAAGAAUUUUUAAAAUUAAAUUACAAGAUAUGAUUACUUAUAUUAAAUCUGGAAAACCUUUUGGAGAAAUCGAAGCAGAUGUUCAUACAAUAGAGUUUCAAAAAAGAGGACUUCCUCAUGCUCAUAUGUUAUUUUGGCUGAAAAAAAAUUACAAAUGUUAUACAGCAGUUGAUAUUGAUUCUAUUAUUUCAGCAGAACUACCAGACAAAACUGUUAAUUCGGAACUUUUUGAAAUUGUUAGUCAAUUUAUGAUUCAUGGACCUUGCGGACAACUAAAUUCAAAAUCUCCUUGCAUGAAGGAUGGAAAGUGUUCAAAAUUUUUUCCAAAACCAUACAAUACAAAUACUAUAUUUGAAACAAAUACACCUUCAAUAUAUAGACGUCGCAACGAUCAUACAAAAUUUGUAGAAAAAAAUGGUGUACAUAUUGGAAAUAAUUUUGUCGUGCCUUAUAAUUCAGAAUUAUUAUUAAGAUAUAAUGCUCACAUCAAUGUUGAAUCAUGCUCUCAAUCUAUGUUAAUUAAAUAUUUAUUUAAAUAUAUUAAUAAAGGUCCAGAUAGAGCUCGAAUUUUAUUCCACGAAAAUUUAAAUGAUGAAAUUGCAACAUAUCUCAAUUGUCGUUAUUUAACUCCUCAUGAAUCUGUAUGGAGAUUGUUUGAAUAUCCAAUUCACUCUCGACAUCCUGCUGUUCAACAUCUACACAUUCAUUUGCCUUUAGAACAAAAUAUUAUUUUUCAUGAAUGCCAAUCUAUCGAAUCAAUAAUAAAACAUAAAAGUGCGGAAGAUACUAUGCUUACCGGAUGGUUUAAAGCGAAUGCAACUUAUCCAGGAGCAUCUGAAUUAACCUAUACAGAAUUUCCAUCUCAUUUCGUAUGGAAUAGUCAUACAAAUUGUUGGACACCAAGGAAAAGAUAUGAAACUAUUGGUCGAAUAGCGCAUGUACCUCCUUCAUUAGGCGAAUUAUAUUUUAUGAGAAUGUUAUUAAAUAUUCAAAAAGGUUGUCACAAUUUUGAUUCAAUAAAAACAAUUAACGGUAUUACAUACUCUUCUUACCAAGAAGCUUGCCGAAUCUUGGGUUUAUUAGAUGAUGACAAAGAGUGGAUUGAAGCGUUAGAAAAUUCUUUACACGCUGCAACAGCUUCUGAAAUUCGUCAACUAUUUGUUACAAUUAUUUUGUUUUGUGAUGUUGCAAAUCCUAAAAUGUUACUAGAAUCAUAUUGGUUAAAUAUGUGUGAUGAUAUUUUGCAUAAAGCAAGAAUUGAACUUGGAAAUCCAAAUCUAAUUUUACCUGAUUCAGAACUGAGAAAUAAACUAUUAUUUGAAUUGGAGCAAAUAUUUAAUAAAUCAUCAUCUUCAUUAAAAGACCAUCAAUUACCAAUGCCUGAUGCAAGCAAAAUAUUUAAUUUAGAUAAUAGACUGUUGAGAGAAGAAUUAGAUUAUGAUUGCAUUCAAUUAAAACGUGAACAUAUGAAUUUAUUGGCUCAAUUAAAUCAAUGUCAAAAAAUUGUAUAUGAUGAAGUUAUUACAGCAAUUGAGAAAAAAACAUGUAAUACUUUUUUUGUCCAUGGCUAUGGAGGAACUGGUAAAACAUUUUUGUGGCAUACAAUAAUAAAUAAAUUAAGGUCUGAAGGAAAAAUUGUUUUAGCUGUUGCUUCAUCUGGAAUUGCUUCAUUACUGCUUCCAAAUGGUAGAACUGCUCAUUCUCGAUUUAAAAUACCUCUAACAAUUAAUAAUUUAUCGAUAUGUCCAAUAAAAAAAGGCACUCAUCUUGCAAAAUUAAUUGAUAAAACAGAAUUAAUUAUUUGGGAUGAAGCUCCAAUGUGCAAUAGACAUUGUUUUGAAGCACUAGACAAAUCUUUGCGUGAUAUUUUAUCAAACCCAGAUGAUAUGCAAGUUCAUAAACCAUUUGGCGGUAAACCUAUUUUAUUAGGAGGAGAUUUCAGACAAAUUUUACCUGUAAUUACAGGAGGAACUAAAGAGCAAAUAAUUAAUGCUUCAUUAAAUAGUUCAUACAUUUGGUCAUCAUUUAAAAUAUUUCAUCUCACAGAAAAUAUGAGAUUAUCAAAAAAAAAUUUAACAAAUGAGGAAAGAAUAAAUAUUACCACUUUUGCAAAUUGGUUAUUAGAAAUUGGAGAAGGCCGUAUACAUUCAAUUAAUUAUGAAAAUGAUGAAGACACGUCUUGGGUUGAAAUUCCAAAUGACUUACUUAUUGAUAUUUAUACAAAUCCCAUAGAAGCAAUUUUUCAUGCAACUUAUUCGAAUUUCAACAUUCAUUACAAUAACUUUAAUUAUUUAAAAGAACGAGCAAUUGUUACACCACGAAAUACUACAGUACGAGAUAUAAACGAUUACGCUAUAAAUUUAUUACCAGGUCAUACGAUUACUUACUUAAGUUCUGACAGUAUUUUAUUAAAUUCUGGAAAUAAUGAAAAUAUGAAUAUUUUAUAUCCUAUAGAAUUUUUAAAUAAACUUGAAUUCAACGGAUUACCAUCACAUGAAUUAAUUUUAAAGAUUGGAAUGCCUAUCAUGUUGUUAAGAAAUCUAAACCAAGUAACUGGCUUAUGCAAUGGUACAAGAUUGAUAAUAACAAACUUAUUUGAUCGAUUAAUUGAAGCAAAAAUAUUAACAGGAAAUAAUACAGGUGAAAAAUGUUUCAUACCUAGAAUUAUUUUUACUGCAACUGAAAAUAAAUGGCCAUUCAUAUUUAAAAGAAGACAAUUUCCAGUAAGACCAUGUUAUGCUAUGACUAUUAAUAAAAGUCAAGGUCAGUCGUUGAAUCAAGUUGGCAUAUAUUUACUAGAACCUGUUUUCACUCAUGGACAAUUAUAUGUUGCACUUUCAAGAGUUACAUCAAGAAGUGGAUUAAAAAUUUUAAUAAAUAAUAACAGUGAUAUACCAAAUAAAUAUACUAAGAAUAUAGUUUACAAAGAUGCAUUACAAAAUUUAUAAAUAAAAAUUUGUAUUACAUUGUACGUUAAUCCAAUCAAACAUAUUGUUUAUUAUACACUAAGAUGUGAUACACUUUAUGUGACACACAAAUUCACAAUUAAUUGAUUAUGUGACAAAAUUAAUGAUUACUUUGGUAUUUUUGUAUGAUACACCCGGUCAAUGCAGAAGCAAACAAAAGUCAAUACAAGUAAAUAAAUAUAGUCAACACAGAUAUACGAAAGUAAAUGCAGGCAAAGAAAAAAAAAAGAAAGUGUUCAGAACAAUCGCAAAAAAUUUCAAUGUUUCAAUCAGUUUGAUUUGAAGUUUUAGGACAAUGGGUGGACAAUUUCAAACUAGACAAGUUUCAGUCCAGAGAAAAAAGUUAACCUAGCUUUCCAGAUUGUACCAAAAGAAAUGUCUCCUGUCAUGUUUAUCAGAUUCUACUCUUAUCUGAUUUCUGUUCUGCCAAUUUACGUUUGCUACCAUUCCAACUCUGACUAUAUAAAGGAUAAGAUUGACUUACAAGCGUCUUCGGGAAGUCUCCAUCUAAAUCAACAUCAUCUUUUCCGCUCUCUCCAUAGAAACUGGGUUAGUAUUAUCGAUCACUGUCUUUCUUCUUUUUCCUUCAAAUUAUGCAUCUGAUGAGUUAUGGGUCUAUUACUUCAAUCACAAACAGAAAUUCGAAUUCACUUUAUACACUGAGAUUUAUGAGUUUUCGAUUGAAACGGGGGGCCGUAGCUUCUUUCUCAUUGUUGUUUCUGCAAAUAACUAAAGUUCAGACAAAGCAUAUAUGGUCCUUUUGAUUUUUCGCCGCGGAAUAAUCGACCCAACUUCAGUGGACCUAAAAAAUCAAAUGACUCUGCUGGUUAUUUUCCAUACAACUGUGGGAGUUCUCUUUGGAUUUCUCAUUGGUGUAUCAUUACAGAAUGCUUUUCUAAUAAAGGUAUUAAUUAGGGUUUUCCACCGGAAUGGGUUGUGUUGAAUUGGGAUGCCUGUAUCUAUAGAAUGUGUUUGGAAUUUUUGCAGAUUAGCUUUUCACUUCUAUCUUUUGAUGCACGGUUUCCCGAUAUGUGUAACCAACUAACACAAACAAAAGUCUUGAGCAUCAAAGAUCAGGGGGAUGUUCCUACGGUACUGAUUAUUGUUACUGUCUAAAUAUUUUGUUCACCAUUGACUUUUCAUUCUGUUCAACUUUGAACAGCAAUAGCAGUCAGAAAAGAAUGUAAUUAUAAGGCCCCUUUUCACAUGUUAAAAAAGUGUCAGAUAGGUGAUAAACACAUGUUAAAAAAAAAUCUGUCAUCCUGCAAAUACUUGGAAUGGAUUAACUUAAUAACUUUUCACAUAUAACUCUGAAUACUUUUUAAAGCAUGUUCCAGAAAUAGGACUAAAGACACCAUUUCGUGAUACAAGCUGCCAAAGAUGUACUGAAGUUUACAUUUUGCAGAGAUAAAUUUAUCUUACUGCUGAGGUAGUAUUCAUGUAUGCGCGUGCGAUUCCGGCCCAAGCAUCCUCUGGCUUCUGCAGGAAGGCCUGGAAUGAAGGUCUUUAAGAAAUCAAGAUUCUUAAAGAAGUGUUCAAGGUUCUGAGAAAUGUUCAAAUGUAGGACUCUGACAUAUUUUCGGGAUUCUCGAUACGACUGAUAGUUUAUAAGAGGUUUCAAUGAGAAUUUCAAAUAGGAUUGGGACUUGCAAAAGCCUCAGGGCUUUUCUGAUCGCUGCUGACCUUCAGUCAGGUAGUUUAAAGUCAAUCGAAGAGAUAAGUUUUGCAGCAGAAUCUCAGCCAAAACAGGGAAUGCCCUGAGGAAUGUAAGGAAGCUAUUGCACCACUAAUGCAUGCUGCAGUUAGAUUUUCUGGUUUACCAGAGUACAUUGUCUGACAUUAGGCAACUAUUUCAAGCGAGAGAUGCGAACUGUCUGACUCAUUGUGUAGAUCAAAAGUUUUUCAUGUGCUCUACUGCAUCACAACGUUGGCUUUGGGAAGGCACAAGCAGAAAGGUUUAGGUACGCAACGAAUACUUCUGGAGCCAGUCAUCAGUUUUCGUUUGGAUUGUACGUAAAGCACAACUUUGAAGUUGAGCUUUAUCGUAUUGUUAAUACGAAUUUCCACUUACAAGUGUUGAAUUUGACAAAGAAUUAGUGUAAUAAACAGCAAUUAUCGUUUAUUUAUUAUGCGAUCA